UGUGUAUUUCACUGGUUUGUUGUAACCAUGUAACAACUAGUACCUUUGGUUGUUUCCAGGAAUGAACAAAUCUGAAAAGCCUCAACAUUUUGUCUUUCUGAACAGGUAUUUCAAGUUUUAGAGAAGAGUGAUCUAGGCUGUGGGGCAGGAGGUGGCCACAACAAUGCAGAUGUGUUCCAUCUAGCUGGACUCACCUUCCUCACAAACGCAAAUGCAGAUGACUCCCAAGGAAAUGAUGAAACUUGUAAAGAAAUUCUCAGGCCAAGAAGAAUGCUGCAAAAGAAAAUAGAGGAAGCAGCUGCUAAAUACAAACACAAAAUACUAAAGAAAUGUUGUUAUGAUGGAUCCCGGCUUGUUGAUGAAACCUGUGAACAGAGAGUCAUGCGAGUUACCAUAGGCCCAAUGUGCCGCAAAGCUUUCAAUGAAUGUUGCACCAUUGCAGAACAAUUCCGCACUUAUAAAUUUAGGUUGUUGACAAUUUCCCAUAUGAAGUCCCUGUUACCAGUAAGUAAGCCAGAAAUUCGAAGCUAUUUUCCAGAAAGCUGGUUAUGGGAAGUUCAUCUUGUUCCCAAAAGAAGCCAGCUGCAAUUUAUGCUACCUGAUGUUCUAACUACCUGGGAAAUACAAAGUGUUGGCAUUUCAGAUAAAGGUCUGUGUGUUGCUGAUGUGCUGCAGUUGCAGGUAUCUAAAGACCACUUUCUGGGCUUAAAUGACAAUGCCACAAGAGUCAAUUAGAAGGGACACUUUCUAACAUCAAAAGUCCAGAAAAGUGUGUAAGUAGGUAAAUGCAUGCUAUUAGAAUUAAUGGUUGAGAAAUCUCAUGAUAAAAUCACUGCACACAAUUUGCUUGUCUUUAAUGCACAAAGCAUCUAAGAGGAAGGGGGUUGGGUGAAAGUCUGGCAAGAGGUGAAAGACUUUCUUUUGAAUUCUAAUGUAACAUUGAAUGAUGCUGAAUGAAGGUUAGGUGAGAGUAAGGUCAUAUUUUGGAGGGAUUAUGGGAGAUAAGACAAGUUUUCCCUAGGUAAAUUCAUAGAAACAGAGAGCAGGUUGGUGGUGUUAGGUGUUGGGGAUAGGGAGCAAUGGAGAGCAACUGGUAUUGGGGCUCAGAAAUUGGUACCCCAAAUAUGGGACUUCAACAUAGGGAACUGAAGAAGUCUCAAGGUCUUUUUGACCCUUUCUUCUUCUCUUCCUGUUUGUUAAUCUCCUGUCUCUCCCAAAGCACAGGAUGAAUCUGCCCAAAGUCUAGACCUGCUAAAGAAGAAAACAAUUACCUCUGGUCCCUUCUCUGAUUUUUCAUUAACCGAAUUAACAUUGCAGGAGGAAAAACUGGAGUCUAUCAACACACCGGGACAGACUUUUGUCAAAACCAUUAUCUGCCUCUUCAGGCCCAACAGACUUUGUCCCAGGCCAUUGUAUGUUUUCAAGCCCAUUGAAUUCUCCUACGAAUAAUUUCCUACCCCCUCUAAAAUCAUCCACGCUUCCCUAUCUCCCUUUCUCCUAAGAAAAAGGUAUAUAGCUAUUUGUAGCCUAUUGUAGGAUGGAGUGUCAUUCUGUGAUUCAUUUCUGUGCACAUUAAUAAAUGUGUAUGCCUUUUCUUAUUUAUUUGUCUUUUGUCAGCUGAGUUUUAGCAAACCUUCAGAGGGUACAGGGAAAGGUUAAUAAUAGUGCUCAAGGGGACAAGAAGUGACUAUUAAAGCAAAUAAAAAAAAAUCUACAGAAUAAUUUCCAAACACAGAUAUAGUCCCCUAAUAUCACUGUCAAUAUAUAAACUUCCUUUUCUCUAUAACUGAGGAUCAUUUUGUAAUAGCAAGGUCUGCUUCACCAAACCUGACCUUGCACCUAGACCCACUACCAGCUCACCUCUGGUACUUUUCCUUCCAUUUACUGUCUGCAUGGUGGGUCUGGCUUAUCCCUGGCCAACACUGAUAACCAAAGAAAGGGUCUUUUUAAGAUCAAGGUCUUAAAAAAAUUCUGUAUAUUUCUUUAUGAAUUCUACCUUUUAUCUAAAGAGAAUACUCAGUAUUGGCCUCCUCCUCCCCCAAAUAAAACUUUAAUGGUUUUGCUAGUGUUCAACUUUGUUUCUUUUUUUUUUUUUAAUCAACUGCAAUGACUAUUUUAGUGGCUUUCCAAGCCCCCCAAAGUGUCUCAUUAGACAGGGCUGGCACCCAGUCAGCCAGUGGAGUCCUAAUUACUUGAUUCUGUUUUGUAGAUCACAAAGGUUCCUUCCAAUGAUUUCUUCUUCCAUUUCCUCAAAUCAGCUUACACAUUCUGAAAGUAUAUCCAUUACUCUCUAAUACCUGAGACCAUAACAGCUUCCUUAUUCACCCUUCUCCUCUUCUCCCACAGAGUUUGAGGUGGUAUAUUCUGGUCUCCUACUUUGUGUUUGAAGUAGAUCGCUUCUUCCUCUUUGCUAUCAUUAAUCUUUUCAUUGUCUUUUUAUUUCCCUUAGCACAGUCAGGACAUAACAUAUUAUCUUCUAGGCCUGGAGAUGGGACAAUACAGGCUGGUAACAGGAAGAGGGAAAUCAUCCUCCUGGGAGUGGCAGGCACCCAGGCCUGACCCGCAUGAAACUGUAGGCGGACCCAACAUCUGUGUCUGUGGGGAGAGGCUCUCCACGAAUCACAUACCACCUAAGGGCAGAAGCUGUUGUCAAAAAGGCCUCAGCAGACACAGGAAUGGACCAUGAAUUCACAGUCUUAGGCUGACCCGCUUUGGCAGCAAUCCUUGCCCAUGUUGCCAAUGCAGAUUCCUGGGCCGAUGUUAUCACUUCUACUCUAUCGAGCUCUUCGGUUUUCACACUCAUCUUGGACCUUUCCUGAGGCCUUGCUCUCUUAGUCUCUGCCUUGAGUUUCCUUGAACAUGAAUGUAAUCUGGCCUCCUUUGG